AUGGCUAAAGACCGCGUCCAGAAAGGAUUACGUGCAGCUCCAUCCACAGCAGACACGGGCGUCCCCACAGUCAUGGCAUCGGUUGCACACUUGUCAUUCGUCGGGUUGCUCCUGUGCCUUUGCCUGAGGAGCGCUCCAGCCCGCAGCCCGCGCACGGCAGACCAGGUGUCCGAGGCCGACAUCCAGCGCCUCCUUCACGGCGUCAUGGAGCAGCUGGGCAUCGCUCGUCCCCGCGUGGAGUACCCGGCUCACCAGGCCACCAACAUCGUGGGCCCCCAGAGCAUCCAGGGGGGAGCACACGAGGGUCUGCAGCAUCUCGGGCCUUUUGGAAACAUCCCCAACAUUGUGGCUGAGCUGACCGGCGACAACGUGCCCAAAGACCAGAGCGAUGACCACAGCUAUCCGGAGCCUCCCAACCCCUGUCCGCUUGGAAAGACCGCUGCAGAUGGAUGUUUGGAGAAUGCUCCAGACACGGCGGAGUUCAGCAGAGAUUUCCAGAAGCACCAGCACCUGUUCGACCCAGAGCACGACUACUCCGCCCUCGCAAAAUGGAAUAAGGGGCGCCUGUACCAGAAGCUGAAGGGGGCGCCCAAGAGAAGAAAGAGGAGCGUGAACCCUUACCUGCAAGGCCAAAGACUGGACAACGUUGUUGCAAAGAAGUCCGUCCCACACUUCUACGAGGACCAGGAGAACUCCACAACCGAUUCUACUGUCGUUAUAACGGCAACCUAA